GGCCAUUCUCGAAGCAAUGAUUGUGCAGGAAGUCCGCGGGGAUGGUCCGUUCGAGAGGCUAGCUUUGCUUGGCGUGUCAGUCGCGAAUUCAGAUUCCCUCCAGGGCGGGCUCCCGCUGCAAGCGCGACGGAGCAGCAGAGCAGCAUCAACAGACGUCUUGUCGCGGCAGCCACCACCGAGGACCUCACAUGCACUCAAUUCGCGCCCGGCAGAUAUGUCGCGCCCAUAAUACCUUCUCACCCUCACUCGUGCUGUGGCAGCACUUCGUCGCACCAAAUCAGCACCUGGCUCGAAGACUGCUCAAGUCCUCGUUUGCAACCGAACCUGUACAACGCCGUGGCGGUGGCAGUGCAGGCUCAAUUCAUGAGCAGCCAGCCGCAGAUUCCGACUCCACGCACUUACGAGACAUCGUCCUCACGAGGGCGCCAGUUGGUACCGAGUCCGAAGCCGUGGUCAAUCCUCAAUCAUACACAAUUUCCCGCCAUGGAAGAAAGCCCCUUUCCCAAGACGGUGGAUUAAGGGGUGAGAAGGACAACAGGCCGUAUCGCAGAGACAGACGGCAAGACGUGGAGAAGCUCUUGAUCGAGAGCCACAAUUCCUGCGACGAGUCGCAGGACUAUGAGGGGGUGGUCGUCUUACCACUACAUACCCAAGAACACUGCACUGAGCACCAAUUGCCGUGGAACAUCCGUGACGUGGAGAAUCUCGCCGCAGAGGAAAGGUUGAACCUCGAGAUACUGAAUUUCCACGAAUACAUCCGACCGAGUCCAGCCGAGAAUAUCGCUCGCAAGCAUGUUAUCGAACAGAUGCGCCAACAUGUUCGAAGAUAUCUUCCGGAACAUACUCUGGAAGUAUUCGGUUCGGAAAGGACUGGCCUGUCCUUUGCAACUUCAGACAUAGAUCUACGACUCGUCCUCGAAAGCCUCUACUCGACUUCCACUGAAGCCCAGUUACCACCGAUGCUGAAGCAAAGAUACCAAAUGAAGGGACAUCUGCGCAGGCUGCACGCACGUCUCGCGUCAGGCUGUAGGGACUCUUACCUGCUCCCCACGAUGCGAUGGGCGCGUUAUCCUCUGAUUUCGCUGCAAGACCGGAAUUCUGGCUUGGACAUACAGAUUGUGCUGUCAAACGAUACGGCCCUUAGCCGGCAGCUCAUGCAGCGCUACAUGGAGGAGUACCCUUAUCUCAGGCAGCUUUACUCAGUCGUGAAGGCAACACUCAAUAUUCGAGGACUUUCAGACGUCUUUCGAGGAGGCGUAGGCUCCUACUCGCUUUUCAUGAUGAUCGUCGCCAGUCUGAAGCACCACCCGAACCCCCGCCACGAUGCAGCAGGCGCACUCGUGAACUUUCUAGGUUUCUGGGGUAGCUUCAAGGCCGACCAGUACAGCCUCUCCAUCGAGCCCCCCGAGUAUCUGGCCAAGACCAGCCCUAUUAUGAGCCGUGCGGCCAUGGAUAACAUCGAGGAAGGUAAACACGCACCCCUCCCUCCUUGGAUGCUCAACCUUCGUGAUCCCGCCGAUGAAACGAACGACCUCGGUCGCAAAAUAGUGGCCUGGAAACAUAUUCAGACGACCUUCGCGGAUCUGUUCAGGUGCUUACACAAGGACCUCGAACAGAAUUCGCGGCCCAGUCUGCUGGCACAAUUCGUUCGCCCCAUCCACGAAGUGCAGAAACUACACCGCCAACGGCUGAGCAAGUACGGGCAGUCGUUGUCCGAGGCAGGCAGACAACAUGCGCCGAGUGAUGUGGCGAACCGAGCUGUGCAGGGCGCAGACGCCAUGACGGAGGGGCGGGCGUUCUCGGACUCUGCCGGACUCGGUGCCAUUGCGAAGUUAAUCAGGAAGGUGAAGAAUAAGCGAGUCGGAGAGGUCAUCAGGAAGGUGGAGGCGACGCCAGUCAGAGAAGUCAUCGGGAAUGUGGAGGCGACGCCAAUCAGAGAGGUCAUCAGGAAGGUGGAGGGGACGCUAGUCAGAGAGGUCAUCAGGAAGGUGGAGGCGAUAUCAGUCAGAAAGGUUACUGUUGAUAAGGGGCGAGCUGCGAAUGCUUAUGCUUUAAGAGAGGCACACGAAGACGCCAACAAGCAGUCAGUUGCGGAUCCUGAGGCUUUGGAACAAGCAAGAGAAGCAGCGCAGAUAGACGAUGUGCAAGCGGCGAACACAUGGCUCAAGGACAUCGAGGAGGCCUCUGACCAUAAGGAGACUGGGAAGGCCUUCUCCGACAUCUUGGGCCUCAAUAGGAAGGCAAACAAGUAAAGCCUAGGUCAGUAAUGAAAACGUGAC